AUGAAGACUCUGGUUCUUCUAGGUGCAGUGCUUGCAGCUGCCUUCGCCAGGCCUGGUGGCAUGGCUAAAGAUGCACGCUCACCAUGUUCACCAAAACGAGGGACAUCCGGCGCUGUCAUCCUAAAAGACAGAAUUGGAGCUGUCGUACAAAAAGUAGAUGCCGCAUUAGUUAAUACUGAAUCGGUCCGAUCUGAAACGGCCGGCACCGAAAUGUCAAAUUUGUCUCCUUAUCAUGAAAAACUUGACAGUUCCUCAGAGAGUAAACUGAACGCCAACCAUAAGACAGGUUUCGCUUCUGGAGGCAGAGUGCCCUCACCUAGAUUCCCUGCAACGCCGUCAGCACUUAAGGAUGCUGCUAGUCUCGAGGAAACUUACAGCUCCGAAACUUCCAACCCGUCUCUUCACCCUGAAAAACCUGACAGUUCCUCAGAGACCACACUGAACGCCAACCGUAAGAUAGGCGUCGCUUCUGGUGGCAGGUUACCCUCAGCUAGCUCCAACAGUCCGUCUCUAAUGUCGUCAACUCCUAAGACCGCCGCUAGUCUCGAAGGUACUGAUAGUUCCGAAACGUCCAACACGUCUCCUUCCGCCGAAAAAUCUGAUAGUUCCUCAGAGAGCUCGUUAAAUGCCAACCGAAAGGUAUAUCUCGCUUCUGGUGAGAAAUUGCCCUCAGCAAGCUCCAGAGCCCCGUCUGAAACGUCAUCAACUCCUAAGACUGCUGCUAGUGUCGAGGAUAUUGACAGCUCCAAAAAGGCCAACUCGUCUCCUUCCACCGGAAAGCCUGACAGUUCCUCAGAGAGCAAGCUGAGCCCCAGCCACAAAAUUGAUCUCGCUACAGGUGGUAAAUUGCCUUCAGCUGGCUACAAUAGCCCGUCUGAAAUGUCGUCAACUUCUAAGAAUGCUGCUAGCCUCCGGAAUACUGAUAGUUCCGAAACGUCCGAUCUGUCUCCUUACCCUGAAAAACCUGACGGUUCCUCAGAGAGCAAUCUGAACACCAGUCAUAAGACAGGUCUCGCUGUUGGUGGCAAAUUACCCUCAGCUAGAUCCAACAGUCCCUCUGUAAUGUCGUCAACACCUAAGACCGCCGCUAGUCUCGAAGUUACUGAUAGUUCCGAAACGUCCAACUCGUCUCCUUCUGAUGAAAAAUCUGGUAGUUCCUCAGAGAGCACGUUGAAUGCCAACCGAAAGGUAGACCUCGCUUCUGGUGACAAAUUGCCCUCAGCAAGCUCCAGAACCCCGUCUGAAACGUCGUCAACCCCUAAGACUGCUGCUAGUCUUCAGGAUGCUGAUAGCUCCGAAACUUCUAACUCGGCUCCUUCCUUCGAAAGACCUUGCAGCCCCUCUGAGAGCAUGGUGGACGACAACAGUUCAUCGGAUCUCUCUUCUGGUGGUAAACUGCCCUUACCUGGCGCUGUGUGUCCCCCUCCAAAAUCGCCAUCUGUUUCGAAUACAAAUAAUCUCUCGAAAUUUCAAGCCUCCGAUGUUUCUCAGUCCGACUACAAGGCCAAAGAUGACUUACCUGCCAGCAAUGACUUUCAGAAUUAUCCUUUAAGUAACUUGCUAGCUACUUCUUCGGUUAAGACUCAAGAAAGCGUUUUCAAAAGUCUGGAUAAUAUUGCCAGUAUAGAGAGCUCUACUGCAUCACUCAACAAUCCCAGAGCCGAUUCGCCUGACAGCACCUCCUUUGGGGAUCUCCCUGUCGGCAACGUUCCACAAAGUCCAUCUGCUCACCCGCACGCAGAUUCUUCUCCUGCUGUCUCCCCUCGCUAUCCCACCAGUCAUUUUGUUCCUGCUGCACCUGCCACUACUGUUCUCAACCUGAAGGAUGCCUACAAUUUCUGGCCUUACAGCAGGCUUCUCUACAACCAUCCAGCCAACACGUUCAUCGUCAGCGUACCUCUGACAGCGAUGUGCUCACUUCCCAGCUCUAACAGCGCCAUGUCUGGUCUUCCCAUAAGCAGUCCGUUUGCUGAUCUUCCAGGCCAUAGAUUCUCACCUGACGUUACUGCUGUCUCCAGCAAUAUUAUGGACGCGGUACAGGGUGCGGUUCUGGCAAACUGGCCGUCCAACAAUGCUGUGAUUCCACAACAGCUGUCACUAGAUGGAUUUAGUAAGGUCGGGGGAGUCUACAACGCCGAGGAUCCAGAAGACGCUGUCGACGCCGAUGUCGACGCUCUACCUUGUGCCGCUAUCGGUCCAGUGGCUGAACCGCUGAGACUACCUGCAGACACCAUCAGUUCCUCUGCACCGUCGAGCUCGGCACCAAACACUUUCACGUUCGGUGGCGUUCCUGUCCGCAUAUGGGCGCCACCAGCUGGUCCAUCUACUAGCCAGAUUGCAGGCAUCAUCAACUUUGGUAGCUUUCCUCUUCCUACCGCAGUCAAACAGGCAGCAGCACCAGUGAACGCUGUUCAGAACACGAUCAACUUUGGUGGCAUGUCUGUUCGCUCACUGGACCAACCCGUAACUGUACCACUGAGUGUGACUUCAAACAUCAUCUCCGUCGGUGGUUGGCCUGUGGUUGUCCUGUGUGCACUGCUUGCAGCUGCCUUGGCAAGGCCUGGUGUCUUGUUGGAAGCCGCACCGUCACCAUGCUCGACAAAGGCAGGAGCAGCCGGUGCUGUCACCCUGAGAGACAGAGUUGGAGCCAUCAUGGAAAAAGAAGACGCCUUAUCAGUUAGCAACGAAUCGACCCACUCUGAAGCGGCCAGUUCUGAAACAUCCAGUCUGCCUCCAUCUCCCAAAAAACCUAAUAGUUCCCCAGGCAGCAACUUGAACACCUACCGUAAUAUAGGUCUUACUUUCGGUAGCAAAAUGCCCUCACUUGGCUCCAUGAGUCCGUCUCAAACGUUGCCAGAUUCUAAAGAUGCUGUUAGUAUUCAGGAUACCGAUAGCUCCGAAACAUCUAAGCUGUCUCCUAUCGCCAAAAAACCCGACAGUUCACCAGAGAGCAAGUUGAACCCCAACCGUAAGACAGGUCUCGCUUCCGGUAGCAAACUGCCCUCAUCUGGCUCCCUUAGUCUAUCUCAAAAGUCGUCAGAAUCUGUGGAUGCUGUUAGCCUUCAGGAUACUGAUAGCUCCGAAAAGUCCAACCUGUCUCCUUUUGCCAAAAAACCCGACAGUUCCUCAGAGAGCAAGUUGAACGCCAGCCGUAAAAUAGGUCUCGCUUCUGGUAGCAAAGUGCCCAUAGCCUACUCCAUUAGACCGUCUCAGACGUUGUCACAAUCUAAGAAUACUGCUAGCCUUCAGGAUACUGAUAGCUCUGAAAGAUCCAAUCAGUCUCCUUCCCAAGAAGAACCUGAUAGUUCAUCAGAGAGCAAAUUGAACCCCAACCCUUCCAGUCCUAACAAGGCCAUUUUUGAUAUUCCCAUUAGCAACCCGUUUCCUGUUCUUUGCACGGAGGACAGAUUCUUAUCUGACAUCAUUGUCGUCUGCAGAAAAGAUGUGGACACUACCCAGGGUGAACUUCUCGCCGACUCGCCGUCCAACUGUGCGAUGACUCCGCAACAACUGUCAUUGGAUCAACUUAGUAAGAUGGUCCUGAGUGCAGUGCUAGCAGCUGCCAUCGCCAGGCCAGGUGGCAUGUCUGAAGUUGAGCCCUUACCAUGCUCGACAAAGACAAGAGAAUCCGGUGCGGUCAUCUUGAAAGACAGAAUUGGAACCAACAUGCAAGCUGAAGACGCCACACUAGUUAGUAGUGAAUCGGCCGAGGCUGAAACGGCCAGUUACGAAAGGACCAGCCUGUCUCCUUCCACUGAAACACCUGACACUCCCACAGUAACCAGCUUGAAUAUAAAUCGCAAGAUAGAUCUUGCUUCCAGUAGCAAAAUGCCGUCGACUGGUUCCAUUAUUUCGUCUCAAGUGUCGUCAGCUCCCACGAAUGUUGCUAGUCUUCAUCAUACUGAUAGCUCCGAGAUUUCCGGUUCGGCUCCAUCUGCCGAAAGACUUGACAGUUCCACAGAAAUCAAGUUGAAAGCGAGUACUAAGAUAGCUCUCACAACUGGUGGCCAAGUGCCCUCAGAUAGCUCUAUUAGUCAGUCUCAAACGUCGCCAGCUCCUGAGAAUGCCGCUAGUCUUCAGCACACUGAUAGCUCCGAAACGUUUAACCCAUCUCCUUCCGCCGAAAAAGCUGACUGUUCACCGGAGAGCAUGUUGAAGACCGACUCUAAAGUAGGUCUCGCUUCAGGUAGCAAAGUGCUUUCACCUGGCUCCAUUAGUCUGUCUCAAACGACUUCAGCUCCUAAGAAUGCUGCUAGUGUUCAGGAUAUUGACAGCUCAGAGAUGUCCAACUCUCCUUCUGCCAAAAGACCUAGCAGUUCCACAGAAAGCAACUUGAAUGCCAACAGUAAGAUAGCUCUCGCUGCUGCUGGCCAAGUACCCUCAGGUGGCUCAAUUAGUCGGUCUCAAACGUCGUCAGUUCCAAAGAAUCCCGCUAGUCUUCAGGAUACUGACAGCUCCGAAGUUUCCAUCUCGUCUCCUUCCGCCGAAAAAGCUGACUGUUCCCCAGAGAGCAUGUCGAACACCAGCCACAAAGUAGACCUCGCUUCUGGUGGCAAAGCGCCCUCAACUGGCUCCAUUAGUCACACUCAAACGUCGUCAGCUCCAAAGAGUGCUCCUGGUCUUCAGGAUAUUGACAGCUCCGAGACAUCCAACUCGUCUCCUUCGGCCGAAAGACCUAACAGCUCCUCAGAAAGCAAGUUGAAUGCCAUUAGUACGUUAGCUCUGGCUUCUGGUGGCCAAGCGCCAUCAACUGGCUCCAUUAGUCAGUAUGAAAUGGCGUCACCUCCUAAGAAUGCUGCUAGUCUUCAGGAUAUUGACAGCUCCGAGACGUCCAACUUGCCUCCGUCUGCCGAAGGACCUUGCAGUUCCUCUGAAAGCGUGUUAGACGACAACAGUCCGGUAAAUCUCUCUUCUGCUCGUAAAAUUCACUCACCUGACUCUGUUAGUCCCUCUGUGAGAUCUCCGUCCCUUAAUAAUGUAGAGAGAGUCCCAGAUUUGGAAACCUCCGGUGUCUCUGAACCUGUUCAAAGGCUGAGCGAUGACUUACCUGCCAGCAAUACAUUUCAGAAUCUUCCUGUCAGUAACUUGCGUGCCACUUCUUCUGUUAACUCCCAAGCAAGCGUUUCUGAAAGUCUUGACAAUAUUGCUAGUGUAGAUAUGCCUGAGGCAUUUCAACCUGUCAAGACGCCCAAAACUGAUUCACUUGCUAGCUCCUCCUUUGGGGAUCUUCCUACCAGCAAUAUUCCAGCGAGUCCCUCUGCUGACUCCCAAGAAGAGAUUUCUCCCGCCAGUGAUCCUCGCUAUCCCAUCAGUAGCCUUGCCCCUACCUCUACUGGGCUUGGAUUGUACAAUGCCGUCAACCAUUGGCUUUGUACCAGGCCUUUCUACAGCCCUCCAGCCAACAGUGACAGUGUGAGCCUUCCGUUUACAAUGACAUACCCAACUCCCAAUUCUAACAAGGGCAAGUUUGGUCUUUCCAUGAGCUGGCCGUUUACUGGUCUUUCUGUAGAGAGUUUCUCACCUGACAUUUUCGCUCACUCCAGCAAUGUUAUAGACACUGCUCACUGUGCAUCUCUCGCCGACGGGCUAGCCAACUUCACUCCGACUCUGCGACAGCUGUCACUCGAUGAAUGUAAUAAGGUCGGAGCAUUCUUGACAACCUCGGAUCGGGCAGACGCUGGCUACAUCCCCGGCGCUCCAGUGUAUACCGUUGUCGGUCCAUCUGCGGCAGCGGUGAGGCUAUCUGCAGGCACCGGCACUUCCGCCGCCCCACGCAGCCAGUCAUCAAACACCGUCGUCUUCGGUGGCGUUCCUAUCCGCGUAUGGGCGCCGCCAGCUGCACCACCCAAGAGCCAGUAUCCAAGCUCCAUCAACUUUGAUGGAAUUCCUGUAUCUACCGCUGUCCAGCAGGCAGCAGUACCAGUGAAUCCUGCUUACAACAUCUUCAACUUCGGUGGCGUCCCUGUUCGUACCGUAGGCCGAUCGGCAGCUGGGCCACUGAGUGUGACAUCAAACACCGUCAACUUCUAUGGUCGGACUGCUCGCCCUGUGUUUCUCCUGAGUGCAGUACUUGCAGCUGCGUACGCCAGGCCUGCUGUCUUGUCGGAAGCUGCGCCAUCACCAUGCUCGACAAAGACAGGGGCAACCAGUGCUGCCAUCCUGAAUGAUAGAAUUGGAGCAGUGAUGCAAAAAGGAGACGCCGCACCAGUUAGCAGUGAAUCGGCCCAGUCUAGAACGGCCAGUUCCGAAACACCAAGUUUGUCUUCUUCUGCUAAGAAACCCAACAGUUCUCCAGAGAGCAAGCUGAACCCUAACAGUAACAUAGGUCCCAAUUUAGAUAGAAAAACGCCCUCAUCUGACUCUAUCAGUCCGUCUCAAAUGUCACCACAAUCUAAGAAAGCUGCUAGUCAUCAGGACAUUGACAGCUCCGAAACGUCCAACCUGUUUCCUUCCCGUGAAACACAUGACAGUUCAUUAGAGAUCAAGUUGAACGGCAACAGUAAGGUGGAGCCUAUCUCUGCUAGCAAAAUGCUCCCACCUGACUCCAUUAGUCCGUCUCGAACGUCGCCAAAAUCUAAGAAUGUUAUUCGUCUUCAGAAUACUGAUAGCUACGAAACGUCCAACCUGUCUCCUUAUCCCGAAAAACCUGCCAGUUCCCCAGAGAGCAAGUUGAACCCCAACCGUAAACUAGGUCUCAUUUCUGGUAGCAAGAUGCCCUCACCUGCCUCCGUUAGUCAGUCUCAAACGUCGUCAGCUUCUAAGGAUAUUGACAGCUCCGAGACGCCUAACUCGUCUCCUUCUGCCGUAACACCUGAGAGUUCCACAGAAAGCAAACUAAACGCCAAUCGUAAGACAGCGCUAGCUUCUGGUGGCCAAGUGCCCUCAGGUGGCUCCAUCAGUCAGUCUCAGACAUCUUUAGUUCCUAAGAAUGGUGCUACUCUCCAGGAUAUUGACAGCUCCGAAACCUCCAUCUCGUCUCCUUCUGCCGAAAAAGCUGACUGUUCCCCAGAGAGCAUGUCGAACACCAACUAUAUGGUAGGUCUCACUUCUGGUAGCAAAGUGCUCUCAACUGGCUCCAUUAGUCCAUCUGAAACAUCUGCAGCUCCUAAGAAUGCUGCUAGUUUUCAGGAUAUUGACAGCUCCGAGACGUCUAAGCCGUUUCCUUCCACCGAAAGACCUUGCAGUUCCUCGGAAAGCAUGUUGGAUGACAGUUCGGAGAAUCUCUCUUCUGCUGGUAAAAUGCCCUCACCUAAUUCUUUUACUCCUUCUGAAAGAUCUCCAUCCCUUACUAACGCAAACAGUGAUCAAGAAUUUGAAACAUCUGGUGUAUCCGAUUCUGCUCAAAAGCCCAACGAUGACUUACCGGACAGCAACAUAUUCCAGAAUUCCCCUGUAAGUAACUUGCGAGACACUUCUUCCGUUAACCCUCAAGAAAGCGUUUCUAAAAGUCUAGGCAAUAUUGCCCGUGUAGAUACCUCUGCUACUUUACAACCUACCAACAAGGCCAAAGCUGAUUCGCCUGACAGCACCUCAUUUGGUGAUCUUGCUGGCAGCAACUUUCCAUCGAGUCACUCCGCUGACUCGCAAGACGACCUCUCCCCUGCCAGUGAUCCUCGCUAUCUCAUUAAUAGCCUUGUUCCUUCUGCAUCUGCCACUCCUGGUCUUGGUUUGCACCAUGCUGCCGGUUACUGGCUUUGUUCCGGGCCUUUCAACCGCCACCAAGACGACAGUGACAGUGUGAACCUUCCCGUUACAAUGACGUACCCACCACCUAGUUCUAACAAGGCCAUGUUUGGUCUUUCCACAAGCACCCCGCUUGCUGAUCUUUCUGGUGAUAUAUUCUCCCCCGACGGCAUUGCUCACUCUAGCAAUGUUAUGGACAAUGCUGGUGGGGCAGUUCUCACAGACAGGCCAGCUAGCUUCACUCCGACUCUGCAACAGCUGUCACUCGAUGAAUUAAGUAAGGUCGGGGCAGUCUUGGCGGCUGAGGAUCCAGCAGCAGUUGCCCACGCUGCUGACACUCCAGCGUUUGCCGUUGUCGGUCCAUCGGCUGCAUCGGUGGAGCAGUGUGCAGGCACCGCCUAUUCUUCUGCUCCACAGAUCCAGACACCAAACACUGUCACCUUCGGUGGUGUUCCAGUCCGCGUGUGGGUGCCACCAGCUGCACCAUCAACGACCCAGUAUCCACGGAUCAUCAACUUUGGUGGCGUUCCCGUCCCCGCCAACGUCCAAGAGGCGGGAGCUGCUCAUAACACCAUCAACUUCGGUGGCGUCCCAGUUCGUACACUAAGCCAUCCCGUAACUGUGCCACUGAGUGUGAUUUCAAACAUCAACUUCAGUGGUUGGCCCGUUCUUCCUGUGGUCAACAGCCUGCUGCACCAAUGA